CUUAUUUAGUAUUCUGUAACUAUGGCAACUGCAAGUGAAACAAAACCUACGGGUUUAUUUAAUUAUUGCUUACCUUUGCAAUUACAUUAUUUUCAAUUGCUGUAUUGUAAGCAAUAUCUCUGUAAUGAUUUCUUGCAUGGAUGGCAUAGAGGCUUUCAUCUUUGGCAUUCUAAAUUUUUUAUUUUAAACAUUUUACAGAAUAAAACAAUAAUGCCACUAACUUCACAAAAUGAUAUAUUUUUUAUAUCAGUCUUUAGCUGCUUGCUUUUAUCUGGCAUUAACUACUGCAACAGAGCCCCAAUAUUUAAAAGUAGAAUUGCCUGGUUCUUGCAUAACACAACCAUGUGUUCAUGGAGUUUGUAUAGAUACAGCAUCAGGUGGACACCAAUGUUUUUGUCAAAAUGGCUACACAGGCUUAAAUUGCCAAACUAAUUAUGAUGAUUGUAGAAGUGAGCCUUGUUUAAAUGGAGGAUCUUGUAUUGAUGGUAUUGACUCCUUUACCUGUGUUUGUGAUCAGGGUUAUACAGGCGCAACCUGUGAAACUGAUAUCAAUGAAUGUUUAUCUGAUCCUUGCCUAAAUAAUGGUCUUUGUGAAGAUUUAAUCAAUUCCUAUAUAUGUCACUGCCCUUUAGGGUUUACAGGUAUUAACUGUGAAUACUAUUAUAAUAUUUGUGCCAUUGAAAGUGAUUUGUGCAAAAAUGGUGGCUCCUGUAUUUUAGGUCCCAGCAAUACAAGUAGUUGCAGCUGCCUUCCUAACUUCUUUGGUGAAAACUGUGAGCUACCAUCUUGUCCUUGUGAAAGAGGUGGAAUAUGUGUGGGUGAACCAGAAUUUAGUUGCCUUUGCCCUUUUGGAUGGACUGGAAAAACAUGUGAAACUAAAAUUGAGAUUUGUGAAAGAAGUAUUUGCAAUGGAGGUUUGUGCCUCCUGGGGUCAUCUAAUGAUCCUGCACUUUCUAGAAACAUUACCUGCUUUUGCAUUCCUGAUUAUCAUGGUAAAUUCUGUGAACUGCAGUAUAAUGAAUGUGUUCCAGAACCUUCUUGUGAAAAUGGUGCAACAUGUGUUGAUGAUGUAGAUGGUUAUUCUUGCAUUUGUCCUGCAGGAUAUUUAGGUUCGACAUGCAAUGAGACCUUCAUGUGUUUUGGGCCGGACUGCUUUUCAACUCACUUGAAACCGUCCUUUGUUCUUUCAUCCCGAUUUUCAGCCAUUAUUGAAAUAGCUCCUAUUCUCCCAUCUUACAUUAAGAGUACUACAUCUUUAGACAUUUCUUCAUUUACAUCAAAUGCAUAUUUGUAUCCAUCAGAAAUUUCAUCUGUGGAUAAAACAUCUGAUGUACAAGGUAGUUUUCAUAUUGCAAAAACAGACUUUUUCUCUACUAAUUCUACAAAUCACAUAUUAGUUGAAAAACAUUCUUUUUUUGUAACAAAUGAGCUCAAUUUCACAGAAACCUAUAUAUCUCCAGCUAUAAAAACUGAUGUUAUCCCAACCCCAAUGUUACUCCCCACAGCAUUGCCAUUUAUCAAUACUGAAAAUCAUACAUCUGCUCUUUAUCAAAAUGAAAAUGUGAAUAUAUCUGAUUCUUAUUCACCAACUCUCUUUUCAAGUUGGGGUGAAAUGCAAACAUUUAAAUUGACAUUUUCAGAUGAAAAAUAUGAAUCAAAAGCUCCUCCCUUCAACUACUAUAGAAAUUCAUCUAAGAUUUUAUUGUUAACAAAUUCAAAUGCAGACAUGGUAGAUACCAUUCUCCCUUCUUCUAUAUCUUUCAAAGUGCCAAAUUUAGAUUCAAAUGCUAUACCUUUAACAAGUGCAAGUUAUAGUUUACCCGUGUAUUCAUCUGAUUCUGCUGGCAGAAGCCUACCAGAUUCCUGUGAUGAUUUGCAUUGUCAAAAUGGAGGAACUCCCACAAUUAUUACUGAAUUUGAUGAAAUAGCUGGAACAAGGUGUGAGUGCAUGUGUCCCUUGUUGUAUGCUGGACCAAUUUGUGAAAGAGAAACUUACUUACUUAUACCACAAUUUCACCAGUCAUCAUAUCUCAAGCAUGCUCUGCCUACUAUUGAUCCAGAAAAAGGAAUGGAUAUUGAUAUUAGUUUCAAAACUUCUUCUCCAGAAGGAACAAUUUUAUUUACAGAAGCAGCAAAUGGAGGCUCUUUUUUAAUGUUAUAUAUCGAAAAUGGAUUGCUUAAGUUCAAAUUUUCAUGUGGGCAUCAGACCACCAUUUUUAUGGAAACACAUGCAUCAGUCAAUAACAGUUAUUUCACUUCUGUUUCCAUUUCGACUUCCUGGACACCUGAUAUUGCUCAUAUAAAAAAUGCAUCUUGCAAUGUUGGUUUGCUAGUAAAUGGCUCUGCUCCUAUGAGUGGACAGCAAUUUGUUGUUUUUCCCAGAUUCGACUUCCGUCACAUUUUUAUUGGAGGAAUUCCAAUGUCUCUAAAAAGUUCAGUACCAAAUAUACACAGAGCUCCUUCUUUAGAAGGUUGUGUAGUAUUUUUACAAAUCAAUGGAGAUGAAAAGGAACUCGUCCAGGAUGCUGAAAUGGGAAUAGGAAUUACAGAAUGUUAUAAUAGUGCUUGUUAUCGCAAUCCAUGUUUGAAUGGUGCUACUUGCCGAAGUUUUGAUGACCAUUGGAAUUGCGAAUGUCCUGAUGGAUUUGCUGGCCCAUUUUGUGAGCAUAAAACUUGCUACGCCAAUCCUUGUGAACAUGGUAGCACUUGUUUACCAAGUUUAGAUUCUGGAUAUUUGUGUAUUUGCCCAUAUGGAAAACAUGGGAAAAACUGUGAACAUGAUUUGACAAUCACACGUCCAUCUCUGUAUGGUGAUAUAAUGGGCUAUUCAUCAUAUUUACAAUAUCAGCUAUUGUCUGAUUACCAUUACCACCUUGAAAUUCGUUUAAUGUUUUCAACAGUUAAUUUAUUUCAUAAGUCUCUUCUACUCUUCAAUGGACAAAUGGAUUCUUUUCAUCUUGCUGAUGAUUUCCUAGCGGUUGGACUAUAUUCUGGGCAUAUCAUUUAUACAUUUAAUCUGGGAUCUGGCACUCGAACAUUAAAAAGUGUUAGUGCCGUAAAUCAAAAUAUUUCAGUACAUUCUGUUCUCAUUGGUCGUCACCGACGAUAUUGUUGGAUGGAAGUGGAUUCACAAAAUAAAGUUGUUGGUUUAGCAUCUGGUCAACUGACAGCACUAAACACUCCAUCUGCACUUUACAUUGGAGGACACCCAAGUUACAAUUUCAGUUUACUUCCUGAAGAGCUGCAAGAAUACAGAGGAUUUUCAGGCUGCAUAUUUGGGGCAGAAUUUAGGAAUAGCCCUGGAGCUAUUUUCAGACCAAUUCAUUCAGUUGUUGAUGGACGUAAUAUACAGCAAUGUAGCACUACUGAAUGUCAACUUAUUCAAUGUGCUAAUGGAGGUACCUGUAUUGAUAUAGGCUCUACAUUUCAGUGCAAGUGUGCUGAAGGAUGGGUUGGAACAUUGUGCACCCAACGAAAAACGCCUUGCUCUGCCGGAAAUCAUCGGUGUCACAGUGCAUCAAUAUGUGUUCCCAUCAAUGAAGGAUAUCGUUGUGAUUGUCCAUUAGGGCAGAGUGGAAAAUAUUGUGAAAAAAAUAUAUCAGUGAGUGAUCCAUUGUUUGAUGGCAUAAGUUCUUAUCUAUCCACCCGAUCUGUGAAUGUAAGACACAGUAUGGAUGUUAUUAUCAGUUUUAAACCUUUAUCUGACAAUGGAUUGAUUUUUUAUGGGGCCCAGCAUUUGAAUGAAUUGAGCCGAGAUUUUGUAUCUUUGUCUUUGAUGGCCGGCUAUGUACAGCUGAGGUUCAAUUUAGGAACUGAUCCCAGUUCAACAGUGGUACUGAAUUCCUUUCAAAAGGUUGAAAAAAAUUCAUGGCAAGUUGUUGAAUUUGGACGAUAUAGAAGAGCUGCAUAUUUAAAGUUAGAAGGCGACGAAGAAGUCACUUCUAUAUCACCUCCAGGAAUGGAAAUCCUUGACGUUACCACAGAUUUUUAUCUUGGAGGUAUACCUGAUCUUUCAUCUCUGCCUAAAGAAGCUGUUGAAACUGUACCAGCCUACUUUAAAGGGUGUAUUCGUCUUCUUUCUGUUAAUUCAAUAUUAAUGGAAUUGAAUUCUCAUGAUGCUGUGAGUGGUCGUAACAUAGAAGACUGUGAUGGAACUUCCUGCGGAUAUGAUAGUUGUAAAAAUGGUGGAACAUGCAUUCCAAAAGAUGAUAAUUUUGUCUGUCUUUGCCCUGAAACAUUUCAAGGUCAAAUGUGUGAGGUUCCUAUACAAUGUUGGCAACACAGCUGUCUACAUGGGGCAACAUGCAUUCCAGAUGGGCCAACAAGGCAUCGUUGUAUCUGUCCUAUUGGAUGGCAAGGAGAAAAAUGUGAAUCUGGAGUAAAUGUUUCUAGUGCUUAUUUCUCUGGGGCAAGUUAUUUGCUGUAUCAAGAUGGUUCUUACAAGCAUAGAGAUUUAACUAAGACAAGCAUUUCAUUCAAUUAUUCUUCAAAUGAAGCUUCAGGUCUUUUACUUUGGAAUGGAAAGAUUUAUUCUGAAGAUGGAGAUUAUCUAGGAAUAGGCUUGAGUAACAAUCAUUUACAUAUUGUUUGGAAUUUAGGUUGGCUUUCUCGUAGUGAAAUCAUUACUGACAUCAUACAGCCUGGAAUCAACUCAUGGCAUCAUGUGCAUAUUGAUAGGAAUAAUAAAUUAUUAAAUCUUUAUAUUGAUGGACAAGUGUACUCAGGAAAAGUGUCUGGAUCCUUUUAUGAAUUGAAUACUGAUGGCAGCUAUUUCUUAGGUGGUUUUCCUAGUAAUCUAGAUAUUGAAGAAGAAACAUUGGGAUACUUCAGUUCAUCAUAUGUUGGUUGCAUCAAAGAUCUGACUAUAUCUGGAAAACUGAUUAACAUUAUGGAUUUAAAAGAAGGCAAAAAUUUAGAGCCUUGUCCUUUAGUAUAAUUAAAAAUUCAAAAUAUCCCAUUUUAUUAUAGUUAUAUUCAAUAUUUUAAAAUUAAAAUAUCCUGAUAUAUUAAUGAUUUUUUUUCUAUCACAUCGUAGAUUACAUGUUUGUGUGCCUGAAUGUAUAAUAUUUAAUGAGUUUCUAUUUUGUAUUUCAUGAAUAUUACAAAUUCCAAUGGUCAGUCUCAUGAAUUGUUAAUCAAGUUGAAUGUUGAACUUUUAAAUUUUCAUUCAGGUAUUUUAAAAUGUCUUUUAUAUACUUUUAUUAAA